CACGAGCCACACCAACAUGUUUCGCCAGACGAACAACAUUAUUUUGUUCACCUUUUUGUGCACAACCAUCAUCAUCCCUCGAGCUCUGUCACAAGAUUGCAAAAACAUCAAGUGCAAGGGGCCGAUAAAGUUCUACGAGGGUAUCAACUGCAAGCCGAUCUUCGGGGAAGAUGACAGGUGCUGCGCCACAAGUUACGACUGUUCCCACAUUUACGCGGAAAACUCGCCGGACAAGUGCUACAUGAACGGCCAUCAGUACGGCUACGACGAAGAACUCCGGGACGAAGACAAGCCGAGCCACUGCGACGUGUGCGUUUGCAGGAAGACCCCCGAAGGCCAUCUCGACUGGGCUUGCUCCAACUACAACUGUCCGACCCUCAAGCCUUUGAAAAAGGAUUGCUGGUGGAGACACGAUUUGACAUCUUGUUGCAUCAACGAGGAGAUGUGCCCCGAGGAAGGCAAAGACAUAGCUACGUGCAAAUUUGCCAAGAAGAUCUACAAGGAGGGGGAACGUUUCGAGCCAAAAGGUUACAAGUGCCAGUGCUUGUCCGGCUUCAAAGGCGAUAACCUUUCGGCUUACUGUCGCAAGGUGUUCUGUGGAGUGCAGCUCCGGCAUUCUCUGGAAAUACAUCGCAAUUGCUCUCCUGUGUACACCAGAAACCAAUCGCCCGUCGACUACUGCCCCGAUCAAUUCCGAUGCCAAAUGGAAAAUGAUUCAGUGAAACGCAAAUCAGGUGGAAUCUUUGGACUGGGAAUUUUGGGUACAAAAGUUAAAAGCGACGUGAAAUGUGUGUUUGGCAAUUUAACGAUGGAUAUUGGUGACGAGUUGAAUCUGAAGGCUGACCGAGCUAGCGGUCAAAAUUGCGUCAAGUGCACAUGCGAAGUACCACCUACUCCGACUUGCAGCGAGUGCGCGUUGUGGCCUUUUGGGCUCAGAUAGGAAGGAACUGCAAUUUAUAAAUAAAAUAGCUUCCAAAGUUCGUUUCAAUGUUGUACGUUUUUAUUUGUAGUUAAAAUAAUGUUUUAUAUAUAAAAAAAAAAAAAUUAAAGUGCUUACAUUACAGAUAAUCAAA